UCUCAAUCCAACGCUUCACAUUCAAUCCAUCUAAUCUUCCUCCUCAACGCAAUUAUCGCUCCACUAUCAAGAAACCAAAAUUUUCCCCAACUCCUCUUCUCAUCAUCCUCUCCCUCUCUAUUUUCCAUUCCGCCAUUUCCAAACUCUUUACUUACAGAUCUAAUCCUUCCUCUCUCUCUCUCUCUCUCUCUCUGGCAAUGGCGGUCACCUCUUCCCCUCGCGAGGAGUAUGUUUACAUGGCUAAGCUUGCCGAGCAAGCUGAGCGUUACGAGGAGAUGGUCGAGUUUAUGGAGAAGGUUUCCGCCGCUGCAGAUGACGAGGAACUCACCGUUGAGGAGCGGAAUCUUCUUUCUGUUGCUUACAAGAAUGUUAUUGGAGCACGUAGAGCUUCUUGGAGGAUUAUUUCCUCCAUUGAACAGAAAGAAGAGAGCCGAGGGAAUGAUGAUCAUGUCUCUGUCAUCCGUGGUUACAGAUCCAAGAUCGAGACUGAGCUUUCUAACAUUUGUGAUGGCAUCCUUAAACUUCUUGACUCUCGUCUCAUUUCCUCUGCUGCUUCUGGUGAUUCCAAGGUUUUUUAUCUUAAGAUGAAGGGCGAUUAUCAUAGAUACCUUGCUGAAUUUAAGACCGGAGCUGAAAGGAAGGAAGCUGCCGAAAGUACUCUCACUGCUUAUAAAUCUGCUCAGGAUAUUGCAAAUUCUGAACUUGCUCCUACUCACCCUAUACGACUUGGGCUGGCUUUGAACUUCUCAGUGUUCUAUUAUGAGAUUCUGAAUUCCCCUGAUCGCGCUUGCAGCCUUGCUAAACAGGCUUUCGAUGAAGCAAUUGCUGAGUUGGAUACACUGGGCGAGGAAUCAUACAAAGAUAGCACUUUGAUCAUGCAACUUCUUCGUGACAACCUCACCCUAUGGACUUCAGACAUGCAGGACGAUGGAGAUGAGAUUAAAGAAGCAGCUCCCAAACGUGAUGAUGAAUAGUAGUGAGCAUAUUGAUUCUCGCAAGUGCAGGAUUCAACUUCUCCUUUACAUGUUUUAUUCUGGAGGAGUGCUUGUUUGGAAAUUUCGCUUUUCUAUUGUUAUCUAGGUACUUCUUAGCCUUUUAUCAUCACCACACUCUGGAAAGGAAAAACAAAAAACAAAAAAAAACAAAAAAACACCCUUGUGUGUCUUCCCCCCACCAGUCUGUUUUUCUUUUUUGACCAUCAAUUCCAUGUCCCUGAACUGCCUUAUUUUUCUCGAAUAUAAAUUCUACAUAUUAUCAAGCAUCAUGUAAUUGAUCUACCUUUCGUCGUUCGUCUCUUACAAGAGACGAUAACAGAUGAUCCUUCUCAAGUAAUUAUAUAAAACUCUCUUUGAUGUCUGAUUCGAAUCCUGUUA